CGCGAUAGCUUCGCUACGUUUGAUCCUAAUAUCUCGUUGGAAAAUAUUUUAUUCGGCUCGUUGACGACCGUCCACUUCCGUCGAGGCGUGGAGUUUCAUCGAUCGCGGUGAUUCGCCUAAAUUUCGAGCAUGGUGCAGCAGUGACUCUUCCGUUGUACCUCGUGACUCGAAGCAGUUAGACGCAAUUAGCUUUCCUGGCCUUCGAUUUCUUCCUCGAGAACCUUUGAAUCGACGCAAGGAUGCAAGCAGAAAAGACCGACAACGAGACGGAGAAGGUAGAGCAAAAUAACGUCGACGGGGAGAAAAAUGGAGCCGAGGGGGCUGAAAACGGGGCCAAGGCGGAGGGAAACGACGCGAACAAAGAGUCCGCGGAGGUGACGAACAAAACGUCGAACCUGAAGAUCGAGGACGACACCGGAAGCUCGACGCCCAGCAGUCCGGGCGCCACGCAGCCUGGCAGCUUUUUGGCAAGCUUCAAGGCGUUUUCGAAAUUCGGUGACCCGAAAAGCGACGGGAAGCUGAUCACGCUGAGCCAGAGCGACAAAUGGAUGAAGCAGGCGAAGGUGAUCGAUGGCAGGAAGAUCACCACCACCGACACGGGGAUUUACUUUAAGAAGCACAAAUCCACGAAGCUGGGAGUCGAACAGUACAAAGCAUUUCUGGAGGAGCUGGCCAAGAGCAAGAAGGUGGACUUGACGGAGAUGAAGAAGAAAAUGGCACACUGCGGACCACCGGGAGUGACUGGCGCUUCAGGAAUGGGAAAAGCAGCAUCCACCGUGGACAGAUUGACGGACGUCAGCAAGUACACUGGUUCCCACAAGCAACGUUUCGACGAGACUGGAAAGGGCAAGGGUAUCGCUGGUCGGAAGGACCUGCCCGACCAGUCCGGCUACGUGCAGGGCUACCAGAACAAGGACACCUACAAUAAGGCCCACUAGCCCCCGAUCGCGUGCUCCUGUGAUGUCUUCGACACUCUGUUGUCCCGUCCACGCGCUUCACGCGAAACAAACGCGUCGUCGUGCUGUCGUCGCGUUCUCGCCUCGUCUUCACUGGCGUUCUUCCUGGCGUCGCAGCUCGCUUGAACAACACCGCUGGCAAUCAAGGUCGAUCGACCAAGUCCCAUCGAACGAACUGGAGCACACUCCACCGGGGAGUGCGAUGAACGUCAAGAGCUUCACUGGUGAUAUUUCGCGAUAAACGGCGAUACUAGGUUGCCAUUGGAUUUCGUACAGUAAAAUCAGAUUCACGCCAUUUUCUAUCGGGCAAUCGCUUAUUUAAACAUUUUUAAAUGUUGAGAACACCUUGUAUGUGUCUCAAUCUAUGCUAUCUUUUCUCUUGGAAGUUAAGUUGUAGUGUGCAUUUCUUAAUCCAAAGUAUAGCAGUACAUGUUACUUAACAUGUUCAUUACCAUCAUUGGCUAGACUUAUAUUCAUUUUAUUGUAUUGACGCCUUCAAAACGACUACCUAGUGUACUUCGAGGGAGAAAAGGUAGCAUGAAGCGAGCCUACGCCAUUGAAUGUACAGACGGUUGGCUGACGAGUAGCGUGAAUCGGACUUGAUCCUUGAGACAUUAAAACGCACCAUUCUCGCGUCCGACAUUUUGUAUUUGAGAGGCCUCCUUCGAAUGCAGGAAUUUAAUCCACAAACAUUUCUGAAAUAUACGUCC